GCAAACCGAAUGUUUUGCUUUUCCGGUAACACAUAGGAGAUAGAAAAAGCACAACAUUUACUUUUAAAACUAUUUCUUCUUCGUAAAUAAACGACUAUCUUGAAUUUCAACUUGUUUCAAUUUGCAAGUUGUUAAGUAUCUAGUAAAUCAACCGUUCAAUUUGGAUUAUUUAAUAGACAUAUGCGUGCUGAGCGAUAAUAAAUGAUGUCAGAGGAAUACUUACCUAUAGAUAUACACUUCAAUAAACUACUUGAUUGGUUAAUAAAUAGACGACACUGUAAACAACAAUGGCAAAAAGAUGCUCUAAUUGUGAGAGAAAAGAUUAACUCUGCAAUUCAAGACAUGCCAGAAGUUGAUUCUGUGACCAAACUACUUCAGGGAACAUAUAUUAAUUAUUUUCAUUGUAUAAAAAUAAUUGAAAUAUUAAAAGAAACUGAAAAAGAGACGAAAAAUAUUUUUGGAAGAUAUUCUUCACAGAGAAUGAAAGAUUGGCAAGAAAUUGUCAGCUUAUAUGAAAAAGAUAAUUUAUAUCUUGCGGAAGCUGCUCAAUUGUUAGCUAGAAAUGUGAAUUACGAUAUUCCUUCGUUGAAAAAAAAAUUAUCUAAAUUAAGACAAAACCAAAAGGAGUUUGCCAAGAAAGAAAGUGAUUAUGCAGGAAUAUCAUCUGAGCGAAUGAAUAAAUUUAAAAUUGAAACUAAAAAGAUUGGCAUUGAAGGUCGAAAGUUAAAAACUGAACUAACUGCUUUAUCCAAUGAUCUACCGCAAAAAUUCAACGAAAUAGCCAGCGAAGUUAAAGAAUUGAAACCUGCUUAUGAAUAUUAUAAAAACUUUACAGAAUUUUUAAGUGGCGAAAAAAGUAAAGACAAACUGUCUAUGCUUCGUUUAAUUUUGGAAAAAGGAAAUUGCACCGUUUAUGAGUGGAAAUUCAAUGAGAUACCGAACUCGAUUGAGAUUUCAGAUGAGACUAUUGCAUUUGAUGAUGAAGAAGAGAAAGAUACAGAAGAGAUUGAUUGGGGAAACAUUAAUGAAGAUCCUUCAGCUGAAACUAUUGACUUUUCUGCGAUUACAAUUGAAGGUGGAGGUCAGGAAAUUGAUUAUGGAGAUAAUAACGAUAGCAAAGGGAUUGAGACAAUAAAAUCCGAAGAGGGUGUUGCUCGAGGCUGUUUUGCGAGGGGAGUUUUAGAUUAUGGCGAUUCUAGAAACUUGUUUCUAAACGACAUUUAUGAGGUUUGUAACUUUAAAAGCUAAGAAUACUAUAAACUUGGUAAAUGGUCUAGAAACUCAUAUUAUCUAAGCAGUUAAGCAGGUAAUUACCAUGUACAAUAUACAGUAUGUUAAUUGUCGCUUAAGUCACACUUUUUGUGCUAGUUACUUUCUAUUGGUUUAAGACCCAGUUCUACAUGUUAAUUACUAUAAUAAGACUUAAAGUUGAUCAGGCAAGCAAAUUUUGUAGCAAACUUUGUUAGCUUCUGAUUAUUCCUGGUUUAUAAAGUUUUAUUUUUAUUUCAAACUUAAUACUGUUUUAUAAUUUACAGUUAAUCUCGUUUCUUUCGUUGCGCCGAUUGGAAUUAGGUUCUAAUACUAACGAUACAAUAACUAGUAUUACGUUCGAUGGAGCUCCAUCUGACCUCUUGAAAAGUUUGGAUAAUGUUGAAUUUAUGGAAUCGCUUGCAAAACAUAUCCUGAACUUGUUAACGGACGCUAAAACACAGGAUCUAAUGAUGAUAAGGGACUCUCCAAGAUAUGUAGAAAGGGUAGCUGAUAAAUUGAAACAGCUUCUCACUGAUGCUGAAAAAAUGACGGCUAUGAGUCAUUUAAUGGUUCAAAAUCGACUUGAGGCAAUUGAAGAUGAAAAGAAACUCUUGCCUAAGUUGGAUACAAUUAGAAAGAGAACUUUUGAGUUGAAGGAUCAAAUAGCUAAGGAAGUCUCGUCAAGAUACAAAAAUAGAAAAGUUAACAUAUUGGGUGAAAUUAAUACGAUUUAAAUUAUACUAAUUAAUGAAAUAAAGAAUUUUCAUUACC